UAGUAUCACUUGAGUGUUGCCAGCCAUCUCCCUCUGAAUACUUGUUUUAGUGUCUUAAAAUUCGAAAAUAAAAUACUGAAUAUCCCAAACCAAACUGAAAAAUUCCCGAAACCGAAUUAAAAAAAUACCAAACCGAAAAUCCCAAAACGUUCGGUACCAAAUACCGAACCAAACCGAAAUUUUCGGUAUGGGAAUCAGUCUCAAGUUUUCGUUUUUUCGGUAAUUUCGAACCGAACCGAUAAAAAAAAAUUUUAAUUUUUAAAUAUAUAUUUGAAAUUGUAACAACCGUCGAAUUCGGUGGAGAUCUAAUCUCAACCGUUGAAUAGAAAUCAAACCUACACUGAGUACACUCUGUCUCCGUCUCUCACGACACUCUGAGUCACCCUCUCUCUCGCGGCUCGCCCAAGACUGAAACCCUCGCCUCACUAGAAAACGUCUUGCCGAUUUGUCUCUUCGUUUUCGAAUCCGGCUACACAAGUGACUCACCUGAGUCACAUAUCUCUCAACUAUCAUCUCUCUGAUCUCUCUCAGUCUCUCUCGACUUCUCAUCCCUCACAGUGGAGGAGCCUUCCUACACGAAUCACGGCCACCGGCGCCGCUCUCCUUCUCAGUCUCUCUCGGCUAUCAUUUUUUUGAACUCAACCUGUCUUAUUUUCAGGUUUCUGAGGAGGGUAUUUCAACAUUUACCUACAUUAUUGUUGACAACGAAACCGUUUUCAAGAAUUUUUUGCCCAAAUGAAGUACAAAGAAGCUACUGAGCUUGCUGCGGAUACUGUUGCUAAAUUUCAGGUUUCCAUUUUGCUUCUGUAUUUGUACAUGUUUCUUUCUUUAAGCAGUAUUUCUCUCUUCAAAUGAUUUUGUCCUGGAUGUGUUUCACAUGUAUGAUGUGUCUAAUAUUUUUGUUUUCAGUUCUAUUUGUAUCAAGCUUCUGGUAUGCAGUUUGAUGUGUGGUGGUAGUUCUUGUUCUUUGGGUGUUUGAUAUGUCUGACAGUCUGAGUGUUCUCUAAUUGGCUAGAUCUGAUACAUAGUACGUAUACAAUUUUUCUAGUAGUCGAACAUUUAUGAGUAAUGUUAGUGAUGCUUUGUAGAGGUUAGGAGAAUUAAAUGAAUUCAAGUGGCUGCAUCUGUGUCAAAACCGGUGAGAAAUGAAUAUAUACUAAAUGGUAAUCUAGUGGAUUAAACUGAGAUGCAACAUACUUGGUCAAAAGACAUAUUGUACUUGAUAGGUUUAGAUUGGGAUUCCCGAUUGUCCCGAAAUCCUGAAACUAUUUUGGGAUUCCCGAAAAUUUGGUUUGGGAUCGGUAUUGAAUUUGGGAUUCCCGAAAACUUCGGUUUGGGAAUCGGGACUUGCAUAUCGGUUCGGUAUCUAGGAAAGACAUCAGCACCACUGCAGGGUGACUAAAAAUCUUAAAUGAAUUCUUAUUAUUUUGUUUGAAUUAGAUGAAGUCAAAGUCAAAGGCCUCAAGCUCAAAUUCAAACUCAAUGAGAUCAAAAUCAAAUAGAUUUACCUAUUCAUGUGUUUUGUUUGUGUGUAAUAUCUUCUUGUUGGUAAUAGAUUUACCUAUUCACCAAAAAAGAAAAAAAAUUAAUAUUAUACUGUUUUGGCUGUAUGCUUUCCUUGUUCUCGGGAUUCUUUUUAUCUUAAUAAAGUUUAUUUCCUAGAAAAAAAAAAAAUUAUACUCUUUUUAUAAUAGGUAUUGGCUGGCAUGUGAAUUUUGUAUCGAACUAAUUAGUUGUGAAUUGACUUAGGUUAGGAUAUGGCAUUCUUCUUCAACCCAUUACGUGCUAGAUUCAAACUCUCUUUUUUUUUAGUUUAAAUUAAAAUAGAAUAUUGUUUGUCAUUCGAGAAAAAGAACGCAUACUUCAAAUUCCUUCUAUUUUAGGAGUUUUUACUUCAUGUUGGGUUCCAUUCUAGAUACACUUGUUUCACAUUCUUCCCACCACCCUUCUUCAAUCCUUAUUCAUCCCAUCCUGUCUUUCUUGUAUUCUCUCUUUAUUUCAAACCAAAAACUCAAAACUAAAAACAAAAUAGUCUACCGGCUACUGGUGCUAUUGACACUCCAAUAUCACAAACAGGAAAAAUGAAAACUUGGAAGAGGGGCAAUUUGAUUUUGUAGGGACUUGUGGAGGAGUUUGGCUUACCAGAAAGAGAAGAUACUAGUUUACUACAGUUUAUACCUUCAUAGAGGUUUGCAAAUGGAAUGUUUGCUUUGGUGUUGUCAUUUGGCCUUCUUCUCACUGCAUUAAAAAGCAGGAAAGCUAGGUCGUGGCGCUAUCUAUGGCACUUUUUGGUGUUGCAGGUUGGCUAAUAAGAAGCUUUGCAGCAGAUUCUGAGUCCUACAUUCUAAUUAGUAGUGUUCUAGGCUGGGCUAGUGGGCUUCUAAUUUUUUUCUAGUCCGAAGAAGCUUGAAAUUCAUUCACAAUUCAAAUUUUACUGCAAAAAGAAAACCCUAAGCUGUGAUUUGGGCUGUUUGUCCUCUUCAACUAUUGAAAGAUGCUGAACCCGGAGGAGGAGACCAAGAGGAGGAGGAGGGAGAUGCUGGAGGAGAAGGGCAUCAAACGCCCAAAAUCCAUGAAACUGGCCACCAUCCCUUCCUUGGAGGACUUGUUGGCCAAUGCUUGUUCAACCAGAGUCGCCCUUACCCCCCAACAGCAUGAAAACUGUGCCUUUGCUCUUAAAUUCUUCAAAGACAAGCUCCGGAUGCCUGAGCAGAUCAACCGAGAGUGGGAUCAGUUAGAUGCCAUUUAUAUAACACAAUCUGAGGCGGAGAAGCGUUGCACUGUGGCUCUCAACACUCUCAAUUUCUGCAAAAACCGGUAUGAUGAAUACGUAGCGUUCGACGAAAAUAGGGUUGUUCUUAACUCUUGUACGGCGGGGGACUACAUCAAUGCCAGCUUCAUUGCAACACCAUCUUCCUCCUCUUGUUUUAUUGUAACACAAGGUCCACUUUCACACACCUUUGAAGCUUUCUGGGAGAUGGUCAUCCAGAACCGUUGCUCUGUAAUUGUCAUGCUUACUGACUUGGAUGAUAACAAAUGUGGAGAUUAUUUUCAGGCCGAUGACAACGACGGCGUUAGUAGUAGAGACUUUGGGAAUAUAUGUGUAGCCACUAAGUGGAUAAGAGGAGUUGGUGAAUUUGGAGAUGGUAAUUCGGAUUCACUAGUAUUGCGCCUUUUGGAGGUGAAGAAGAAGAUUAAUAAGUCAUCAGACUCAAACUCGAAGGAACCUUCACCGCCCAUGUCUGUUUUGCAUAUUCAGUAUCCUCAAUGGCCCGACCAUGGAGUUCCCAAAGACACAUUUGCGGUUCGUGGAAUUUUGAAAAGAGUAAUGUAUCAGGUUGCACUCGCCAUAUCCGAAUGCGGCCCAAUAGUGGUGCACUGCAGCGCAGGUGUUGGGAGAACUGGAACGUACUGCACCAUUCAUGAUACAUUGCAAAGAAUUCUUUUGGGGGACAUUUCUGCUUUAGAUUUAGUAAAAACAAUAACCACAUUCAGGUCUCAGUGAGAUGGCAUGGUCCAGAAACCGGAGCAAUAUCAUUUCUGUUAUGAUGCCGUCAUUGAUGAAUUGGAAGAGCUCAUCUUGGGUGGAUCCCCACAUGGCAGUUAAUAUAUAGUGAAGUCAACUAAGCUCCUCCAGUACUUGCUUUUGAUAGGACAUGAGCUUCUUUACUUAUGCAAACUUGAGGGUAGAGGAAAUUGUGGCAUGGUAUCAAUGCAUGGACUAUUGUUUCAACAGCAGUUUACUGCAUAAAUUGUUCGAGUUGUUGCUCUUCUUCCUCUUGCCGUAAAUUUUUCCCCUUCUAUGAGCAAAUCUCACUCAAGCAAGUUAUUUGUUUAUUGAUGGUAGUGAAGAGAAUCAGCAAGCCAGGCUUAAACUUCAAGUUAUUUAUAAUGUGCUUGUAUAGUUUGUAUGAAGUCUGUAUAGAGCUAUGGCAAUGUCUGUAAAGUCUGUCUGAAGCCGUGCUGCCUUCCCACCACUUCCUAUGUUUCAAGCACUGUCAUCAGAGAAGAUCUGAGAACCAAAAGGGGAAAAAUGUCCAUUGCAUCACCUCUGUAAUGUUUUCAGCUGAGCAUCCAGUUACAUCAUCAUCUGCAAUGCGAAUAGCUUAUUCAAUUGUUUCCACAGAGAAUUUGCAAAGGGAUUGGUGAAUUGCUUCCAUAGAGGAUCAGUGGCUUUAACAUGUGGUGCCCGUUUUGUGAGGACGGUAUGAAAAUGAACUCCGAGGGCAACUGCAAGGAGAGCGAUCUGUUUUACCUUUAGACUGGCCUAAGGAUGGCAAUUCAAACUGUUAAACCCGAUAAUCAUGAAUAAUCGUCCGAAUGUAACGGAUUGGGGGAUGAAAAUUUGGUUAUAUUUCGGAUAUGGGGAAAAAUCGGAAAUAUUAUUCGGUUAUGGUUAUAAAGGUUUUCAAUUCAUAUC